UGUGAGCCGGCUACACAUUUCCUUGCAACCGAGAAAAUAUCGACAAACUCCGAGCAAAUAACAACUUUGCGCGGAGCCUCUUGAUCAAAAUCAACGAACUUCCCUGUUCCAGGUCAAAUCUGCCGAUCGCAAAAUGGCGUCUAAAAUUUUGACUGCCUUUUUCCUUCUGGGAACCUUUGGGGAUGUAUCAGCUUUCUGGCGUAUGGAGUGUCAUGGCCGUACAGGUCUAGCUCGCAUUGAUCCUAUUAUGGAUGCUGGUGUGGUAUCUCCUCACAUUCAUACCGUCCACGGCUCUUCUGGUUUUUCGCUCAGCGCUACUUACGAUGAGCUUAGACAGGGGAGCUGCAGUUCAUGUGCCGUGAAGCAAGACAAAUCGGCAUAUUGGACCCCCGCACUCUACUUCCAAGACAGCGAUACAAAGGAGUUUGAAAUUGUUCCUCAGGUUGGAGGAAUGCUUGCAUACUAUCUUCUCCGUGGAGACAAUGUCACAGCUUUCCCUCCUGGAUUCCAGGCGGUCGCUGGAAGCAACUACCGUCGAGACUAUACCGUGGGAGAUCCGAAGUCGCCUGACCCUCCUCAGUCUGACUGGGCCGCUCUCAAGCAAACUAGUCAGAAUGAUCUCGAGCAACGAGCAAUCGGAUUCAACUGCAUGAACUACCACAAGGAACCCGAAGGCUCUUUACUCCGCCAUUAUAUGCCGGAUAAAGAAUUCCUUGACACGAACUGUCCGGAUGGUCUUCGCAUUGAGUUGAUGUUUCCGUCGUGCUGGAACGGUGAAGUCACAUCCAAGGACCACAAGAGCCAUGUGGCCUAUCCCGACUUGGUUGGGAAUGGUGUUUGCCCUGAGUCUCAUCCGAAGCGAUUAGUCACUCUGUUCUAUGAGACUAUCUGGGAUACUGGCAACAAACAAUUCCAUGGCCGCAAUGGACAGUUUGUCGUCUCCAAUGGUGACCCGACUGGAUUUGGCUACCAUGGCGAUUUCAUGACUGGCUGGGACGUGGAUUUCUUGCAGGAAGCUAUUGACACCUGCACGAACGCUUCCGGUAACAUUCGAGACUGCCAGCUCUUCGUAGACAACGGACCUCUUCAGACCGACGAAGAACAGAACUCUUGCCAAUUCGAUGUUCCGCCGGUGCUUGCUCAAGAAGACGGUUCUGCUCGUCACCUUGCAAACCUUCCUGGUAACAUUCAGGUCCAGGCUGGUCCACAGUCUGCCACUCCUGGUGUCGGUGAUGCUAACCCUCUAUCGCCCAUCAUUUCCGCCGCAACGAGCUUAAUUGGUGGUUUCUUUAGUGGUAGCCCCUCGUCGGCCACUACAUCCUCCAGCGUUCCGGCAGUUACUUCUUCUAGCACACCUGCGGCAAGCUCAAGUUCAAUCGCGCCCGCCCAGUCGGCUCCCGCAUCCCAGGACUUUGGCGCCCUUGCUGUACCGCCAGCUCAGACACCUUCUCCGACUUCCUCGAGCACCAGUUCUACGCCUCCCCCGCCAACCACGACUUCGGCGCCAGUACCUAGUUCGGAAUCUGGUGUCUCCUACCAAAUAGUUAGCACGGAGACCGUUACGCGCGGUAACUUGGUGGAGGUUGUCAUUUGGAAAGAGCCCGUGGUGUAUAUCACCGAGGAGUCUGUCACAACUGUGACAGUUGGAUCCCCUGCAGUGCAGCCGCGUAGAUUCUACGGAAGACACGCGAUGCAGCACCGACACCACGCUCUGAGAUCCUAAGAGGCCAACAAAAACCAUUCUUUUCUAUUCGUUUCUGUGGAAAUACUUGUUCGUCAAUAUGGACUGGCGAUAAAUUUUUGCAUCAUGUUUCAGGGUCUCAUUCGAUUUCACCCGGAGACUUUUUACAGCACGUUAGGGAGGCCCCUUGUCGAAAAGCAGAGCAUAUGCGAUGAGUUAGAACGGAAGGCAUUGACACAAAUACGACUGCAUUCAAUUUCGCAACUUGAUGCAAAAUUCAUGCCUGACUGAAAAGUGAUAUUGCAUAUGGGGAUUUAUAUUUCGGCGUUCAGUGACUCGGCUGUAGAGGGCAGUGAGUCUAAAAGGUCUGAUUUGAAGCAUACAAACUGGCGUAUUGAAGGUACUCGGUGCAUUCUCGGGAUCCAUCUCUUCCGGCAAGAGAUCGUUUCAGUAUUCCCAUAGCCUUGAGUUUUAUACCCACCUAUGAGCCAUAUCAAGACGAUGAAUUAAGUCAGACUACUAUGUGUACUUUCGUGUAAUCCGUUGAUCAAUUUCUUGAUGUUGUAUUUCGUUUUGCAAUACUGUGGUUUGGUGCUUUGAUACAUUCUAGUCUACUCCGGUUCGUGUAAACAACUUGCCGGGUGUCUUAUUAGUC